UUAUAGAGAAAAUCAGAUUUCAAUGAGACAAGAAUGGAACAGGAUAUUAGGAAAUAUGAAAACGUUUAAAGCUCUGUACAAUAUUGAGGGUGAUUGCAUCGGACUACCUUUGUGGCUAACGCACAAGCUUCACCCCUCGAACGAGCCAACAGUUACGCAACUCGACGAUAUUGCAUCGCAUGCAUGCCGCUGGAAAAUGCAAUUGGAAGCCAAAAUAGAUGCAAAUAUGGAAACUGUUUGCAUCAACCAAACUUUUUACCUUUCGUACGUGGCUACGUGGUGUCCUGUGUGUGACAAACGAGUAAGCAACAAAGGAAAAGAUACGAACGGUCUUCUUGCACAUAUUCGUAAAUUUCAUCCAAAACGUUCUAACCAAUAUUUGUUUCAGAAAGAAGAGGGGCCAAAAAUAACGACCAAAAAAACAGCGUCAAAAAUUACAGAACUGCAGUCGUUCGGUAACACAGACAGCAAUUCUAAGAAAAGCGAAACAAAAAAAGUUUAUGCCACUCGUGUGGACACAUGGAAAUCCCAUAAUGAAAAAAAAAUUUGUCCUCGAUGUCAUAAAGAAGCAAUACCGACUCUUCAUACUCGAGGAGACAAGUUGACGACUUCUCAUAUUGGUGCUUUGUGUCUUUUAGGAUGUUGGCCGCUUUGUUUUGUACCAUUGAUAAUGAAACGUGCGAAGAAAGUUCGUAUGUUCUGCCCUCUGUGUGGAUAUAUGUACGGCAAUUUUCAAUAUAAAAACACCGGAUUAGCACCAUGCAAAACAGAUUCCGAGGAAUCGCAGACCCGACUUUCAUCUCCACCGAGAAGCUUUCGUUUAUGUGCAGAAAAAGAAGAACAAAAAAAUUGA